AUGAAAGUAAGUUCCGCAAUUACAGCUGAUUAUCUCCUCAUACUAACUGGACAGUUCAUUGAUGAAGUGGAUAUCGAGUUGGUGAAUCAAGAAUUGAAUUUUCAUUCCCCAGAUAACAACCUUGUGAUCAAGGGUGGAUGUGACCUUUUCACAACCAAGCCAAUAGGAACGGACAAGAAACUUUUCCGAACUAUUGACAAGCACUUGGAUCAAAUAAUGGAAGAUAAUCAAUUAUCACAAUCGAUUGAGAGGGAUCGUCAACAUUCCAUUAAUUCGUUGUUAGGAAGCAGCGCUUCUCCUCUCCAAUCUCAUUUUGUGAGACGUGGAAGUUUUGUCAAUGAUAAGGACCGAAGGCCAAGCAAUUCGCUGUUGACAUUCAAUAAGAACGAAGUGGUUUCCUUUCCCAACUCGAUUGGCACUUCCAAUCUUUCACUGUCGUUGCUUGAUGACCAGUACGAAGAAGUCUCGACUGAGGAAUCACCUUUUGGCCCAUUGAAGAAUUCUUCAACUAGAAGAAAGUUUGCAUACUUGAUUGCUGUUCUUAAUACAACUUAUCCUGACCAUGAUUUCAGCAAUUUACAACCAACAACAGAGAAUUUUCACAAAGUUGAAUCUCCAGAAGUGUUGAUCAAUCGAUUUAAUAACAUCAUGGUUUCUCUUGGUAAGAGAGAAGAUUUGCUAAGUUGGAUUUGGGACAUUGUCAAUGUUUAUAUGGAUAUGAUUCCGCCUAGGUCGCAGAACCUCGCUUCAUCGAACUCAAGGAAGAAUAGUGUGAUCAACAGCCCAAUUGCAACGUCACCUAAGACUGAGCAGCAUCCCAGUUCAGUGGAUCAUUGCUGCAAGAUUUAUGAAUUCCAACCUUCCGAUCAAUCAAUUUUGGAAGAUUUAAACCAUCCUUAUCAAACUAUGUGGUCGUAUUAUUGGUUCAUUUACAACAAGAAGAAGAAAAGAGUCUGUUUUCUUUAUCUUACUGCGAUCAAUAGAGUUCACUUUUCACAGGUUAGGAACAACGGGGAGCGCAUAAGUGGAAAUGAAAAGGCAGAUGAAAAUAGAGAGAAAAAUUUCGACGAACCUUACAGCGACUAUUACAUGGAUGAUGACAUGGACAAUGACAGAAGUGAUGCUGAUAUUAUUGGGGACAUGGAAAUGUAG